AUGAGACAUUCGCCGACGCUCUUCGCGGUUUCUUGUCUUCUUUCUCCUCUUUUCACCAACGCCUUCUUCUUCGGCGGUGGUGGUUCCGCCUGUGGAUGUGCUCCGGCGCCUGCCUGUCCUCCACCGCCGCCUUCCGGAUGUGCUGGUGCUCCAGCGAGAGCCCGAGGAGCAAAGACUUUGGUCAGUUCACUUAAGUACAUAUUUUUUCAGUCUUUGGAACAUUUCAGGCCUACGACCAGCCGAUCCCAGAAGGCCCCUCCUCUGGUCCACGUGUAUAUUCAGUACCGGAUGAGCUUGAUUUGGUACGUUACAAUUUCCAUUCCAUUCUCCGAAAACUAGUUGAGACAAUCUGUAGUCCUUUUGUUAUCAGCAGUGGAUCAAUCAGAUUGUCCACUUUAUUAUGCAAUCUGCUGGUUUCGGGUAGCUAAUUGAACUUGUUCCCUCCUUCUAGAGAGCUGCCGCGUUUGGAGUGCCGCUUCAGCCACAGCCACAGUACUCGAUCUUCGACAUUUUGCAUAAUUUGGGUGAAAGUGGCGAUAGCCCUGCACAGCAGUUGGUCGUCGCUGACGGAAGCACGAAUACCGAUUACUUCCCGAAAGAGAACGACGAGGAUCUGACGGUGUCCGACAUGACUGGCAGCGGAGGGUUGUACCGCGGAAAAGAGAUCCGGAGAGCACCAUCAGAGCCAACGAUCCACGUUCACAGAGACGAGCCAUUGGAGACAACAACUGUAUCGUCGGAGAUUGUCAAAGUUGACACAGGAGAUGAGAAGCUUGAUGAGAACAAAUGCAGCAGUCAAGUUUUGAGAAAACUAAUGCUUGAGGUAACCUUCUAGAAUUCACUUUUGCCCACCAUUUUGUUUUUCAGAACAUGAGCGACAGCUCUGCAGAAUCAAAGAGAAGCAUUAAUCUAGCCGCAGAAGCAACGUUCGGAGGAAGUGUAGACGUUAUUUGCUCAAGAGGCCACUUUUCCUACAUUUUCACCUCUAAUCUCUAUUGCGAAGCGACGCAAGGGCUUACAACUUGCAUAGCAUUCCGACAAUCGGACAAAGUGCGAAGAAGGCGAUAA